CAUCACGGGUGUCAUGUGACGUCCUGUCAUGUGACGUCCUGUCAUGUGGUGCAGUCACUUCCUACUGACUGGGUCCGGAGCAGACAGGCUCUGCUGUAUCAUGUCGGGUUAGUUUCGGCUGCGCAGACAGUAAAACAUGUUGUUUGUGCGCUCAGGCCGCCGCUGCUCGUCUCUGGAGCUGCUGCUGUGGUUCGGGGCGUGUUGGGGAUGUUUGUUGGUCCGGUCCGGAGCGGAGGAGGACGGCAGCCAGCGGUACCAGGACCUCUGCAGUUAUAAAUGGGAGGCCAUAGACCGGGAUAAUAAAGUGAGCUACACGCUGAAGCUCUGUGAUUCUUCACCACCAACCAGCUGUGGCGCCGGCACCGCCGUCUGCGCUCGGGACCUCAACUCUGGCACCUACCAGUCUGUCGGUGAGCUGUCCCUAAAGAGGCUCUCCGGCUCGGUGCUGGACUUCAACACCACAAGAAAAUGUCCAGGAAGUGACACCAACAUUCAGACCAGCAUCAGCUUCCUGUGCGGGAAAACAAUGGGAACCCCGGAGUUUGUCGCCGUGUCUCAGUGUGUGCAUUACUUCGAGUGGAGGACCUACUCUGCCUGCAAGAAAGAUAAAUUCAAACCACACAAAGAGGUGCCCUGCUUCGUGUUUGACGCGGACGGUAAGAAGCACGACCUCAACCCUCUGAUCAAAGUGAGCGACGGAUAUCUGGUGGACGACGGCGACGACAGCAUUGACUUCUACAUCAACAUCUGCCGCAGCCUCAACCGUCCAGAUAAACCCUGUGAAGCAGGAGCUGCAGCUUGUCUGGUCACCAGUAGCGGCUCCUACAACAUGGGCUCCCCUAAUAAAUCUCUGGAGCUGCUGUCCAGCGACAGACUGAGGUUACAGUAUGAAGUCAGCGCUGACUCGACUCCUCCAGAGAUGUGUAACGGACACCAUCCCGCCGUCACCAUCACCUUCAUCUGUCCGUCCAGCAGACAUUCGGGCAGCAAUCCUAAGAUGACGGCGGAGUCGAACUGUCGUUACGAGGUGGAGUGGGUGACUGAAUACGCCUGUCACAGAGACUAUCUGGAGAGUCACAGCUGCAAACUGACCAGCGAACAGCACGACAUCUCCGUCGACCUAACGCCUCUCACCCUGACCUCAACAGACCAUCCAUACUACACACACUCUGGGACCAGUGACAGCGGUGAAAACUACGUCUACUACCUGAACGUGUGUGGAGAGAUUCCCACCGACGAAUGUGGCGCGACGGGACAGUUUAUAUCAUCCUGUCAGGUGAAGAAAAGCGGGGACGUCAAGAAGGUGGCUGGAAAAUACCAGAACCAGACACUACGUUACUCAGAUGGAGAUCUGACUCUGAUCUACCCGGACGGCACCACCUGCUCCACAGGCUUCCAGAGAAUGACCAUCAUCAACUUUGAGUGCAGCAGGAACGCAACCAACGGCGGGCGAGGAGCUCCGGUGUUUGUCGGGGAGACGGACUGCACUUAUUACUUCGACUGGGAGACGAGCUACGCCUGCGUCAAGGAGAAGGAGGAUCUGCUGUGUCGGGUCAAAGAUGGCAGCAAACACUAUGACCUUUCACCCCUCACACGCUACCCUGGCUUGGAUGUCAGUGGGAACUGGGAGGCGGUCGACGCCGACUCUCGAGAGUCGGACUUGAAACGUUUCUACCUUAACGUCUGUCACAAAGUCGUCCAGAUGGGAGGAGCUGCUGGUUGCCCAGAAGAUGCCGCCAUCUGUGCCGUAGAUAAGGAUCAUAAGGUCAUCAGUCUGGGCAGCUUCCUCUCAUCUCCCCAGAAGACCGAAAGAGGAAAUGACAUCAGACUCGUUUACACUGAUGGAGAUUUCUGCAGCAAAACGACGAGGAUCAAAACCAUCUUGACCCUUAAAUGUAAACCAGGAGAUCUGGAGAGCGCUCCGGUCCUCCGCAGCGUUUCAUUCGAUCGGUGUUUGUACGAGUUGGAGUGGUACACGGCGGCCGCGUGCGUCCUCUCGAAGACGCAGGGAGACAACUGCGCGGUGGACGAUCCGCAGGCCGGGUUUUCUUUCAACUUAUCAGCUCUCACCAAACCCGACGGCGGCUACUACAACCUGACCAGCGGCAGCUACGACUACUUCAUCAACGUCUGCGGUCCCGUCAAAGCUGCCAGCUGCCCUGAAAAGGCCGGAGCAUGUCAGGUAGAAAAGAGUUCUUUGAGUCUCGGGGAAGCAAACUCCCGUCUGUCUUACUACGACGGCCUGAUCCAGCUGACCUACAGUAACGGUUCCCAGUACAACAACAAAGGACACACUCCCAGAUCCACACUCAUCUCCUUCCUCUGCGACCCGGAGGCCGGAGUAGGAAAACCUGAAUUCCAGGUUGAGGACAAGUACACCUAUAAUUUCCGCUGGUAUACAUCCUACGCCUGUCCUGAGAGGCCUCAUGAAUGUUUGGUGACUGAUCCCAGAACUCUUGAUCAGUACGAUUUAUCCAGCUUGUCGCGUUCCACCUCCAGUAGAAACUGGCAGGCGAUGGAUUUAUCUGACACCAUGAACCUCAAGAAGUACUACAUCAACGUAUGUCGGCCUAUCAACGCCGUACCGGGCUGUGACCGCCACGCGUCAGUCUGCCAGAUGAAAUACGUUUCCAAGCAGGGCUCUCCAGAGGAGGUCGUGUCAGUCAGUAACAUGGGCGUUUCCAAACGAGGGCCGAUCAUUGAAUCGCGGGAUCGGCUGCUGCUGGAGUUCACAGACGGAUCCGCCUGCAUAUCAGACGGCCAGAAGCUCACGUACACAACACGUAUCCACCUGGUUUGCUCCAGAGGAACUGUGUCGAUGGGGCCGCGAUUCCUGAUGUACCAGAACUGUACCGCCAACUUCAUGUGGGAGACCAGAGCCGGCUGCGCUAUCACUACCACCAAGAACUCUAGCUGCGCUGUGGUGGAUCCCAACACGGGCUUUGAGUUCAACCUUCAGCCUCUGGCUUCAAAGACCGGAUACAAGACAAACGCUAAUGGAAAGGACUUCUUGGUAAAUAUCUGCUCUGAUGUGGAGGAGUGCGGAGCGGGGAUGGCGGGCUGCGAGCUGGAAGACGGACGUCCGUCCAGCCCGGUCGGACUGGAGAGGACGCUCCAGUACUCCUCCGACGGGCUGCUCAAACUGACGUAUAAGGGACCUCGAGACGACUCCACAGCGACUCGAGACACUUUCACCAUUAACCUCGUGUGCGAUCCGAACGCUCACACCGGCUCCUUAAAGCUGCUGCAGGAGGACUUGAGUUCUUUACCGAACCACGUGGUCCACGACGUCCUGUUUGAGUUCUCCACCGCUCUGGCCUGCAUCCCUGCUCCUGUUAACUGCCAGAUCAUCGAUUCCCACGGCAACGAGUACGAUCUGCGUCACCUGAUCCGGGACGGAGAGGACAGCCCCUGGAUCCCCAUAGAUACAUAUACGGGCAAACCACGCAGCUUUUACAUCAACGUAUGCAGGCCCCUCCCCUCUCUGAAGGACUGUCCUGUGGGUCCUUUGGGUGCUUGUGGUGUGAUUGACGGGGCCAGUUACAACCUGGGAUACGUCCAGUCCAGCCCGCAGGUGGCGGACGACGGCUCCAUCAGCAUCGUCUACCGGAACGGAGACAAGUGUGGCGAGACGAACCGCUACUCAACACGCAUCAUCUUCCUGUGUGACGACAACCCGGGUUCACCCGCAUUUGACCGUAUAGAUGGUUGUGAAUAUGUUUUCAUCUGGAGGACAUCUGAGGCCUGCCCCAUCAGGAAGUCUCAAGGCGACGAGUGUCGGGUUCGUGACCCCAGGAGCGGCUACGAGUUCAACCUGAGCUCUCUGAAAGGUAAAGAUUACGCCAUCAGGAAUGAGAAAUACAUCUACCACCUGGCGGUCUGCGGCGAGCUCCAGAGAGACGUCUGCACCCACUCGGGCAGCGACCCGGUCUCCUCGUGCCAGGCGGACGGAUCCAAACACAAGAUCACAGGAAGGGUAAACCAGGUUCUGAGCUACGUGGGAGACCAGCUCAUCCUCAAGUACACCGGUGGAGAAACCUGUCACAAGAUAUACAACAGAUCCACCGAGAUCUACUUCUCCUGCCAUCCCGACAUGCACCCUGGAGCACCAGAGUUUAUCAAGGAGACUCCAGAAUGCACCUACCUGUUCAACUGGCCCACCGCUCUGGCCUGCAUCCCAGUCAAAACCACCAGCUGCUCCUACAACGACGGUCAGGGCCACUCGUAUGACCUCUCACCUCUGGCCAUGGAGACUCAGAACUGGGAGGUGGAGCACUCUACUGGCGACACCAAGAAAAAAUUUUACAUCAACGUCUGCAGGUCGCUGGUGCAGCAGGGAGGUUCAUGGAAGUGUCCGUCCAGCGCAGCGUCCUGUGUGAAGGAUGGGGAUGAAUAUGUGAGUCUGGGGCAGCUGGAGUCCGGUCCUACGUGGGACAGGAACGUCCUGAAGCUGCAGUACACCAGCGGCCAGCUCUGUCCCGAUGGCGUCCGCAACAGGAGCAGCAUCAUUCGCUUCAAGUGUGACAAAGACAAAGUGGACUCCCGGCCUACUCUCAUUUCUGCCAUCGAGGAAUGUGUUUACACCUUCCUGUGGUUAACAGCCGCCGCCUGCCCUCUGAACACCAGCCAGCACGACAACUGCAGAGUCACCAACCCUGCUACAGGUCAUUUGUUUGACCUGAACAGUCUGACGCAGGAAGGAGGCUACACCGUGUACGAUCAUCAGGAACACACCAAGAUGUUCCGCAUGAACAUCUGUGGAGACGUGACCAACGCUGGAUGUGCUCCUGGAACCGCUGUGUGCAUCAAGGAUUCCAGCAGUGCGGUGAGCGGAGGUCAGGUGAGCAGGAAACUCUCCUACAAAGAUCACGUUCUGGAGCUGACGUACGAAGGCGGGAGUCCCUGCGCAGCGAACCCCAACCUCAAACACAAAACCGUCAUCCACUUCAUCUGCAGGCCGCCUAACAUGAGCUCGUCCCCUCCAGAGCCAGUCCACACCGGCUCAAACGCUGACACCUGCACACACUUCUUCUCCUUCCACACACACCUGGUCUGCGAACAGCCUGUUACGUGUUCAGUCCAGAACGGCUCUGCUCUUAUAGACCUAACUCCUCUGAUUCAUGUCAGUGGAUACUACACCGCCACAGAUGAGGCGGUGGACCAAAGUGAUGGAUCUCCAGACUUCUACAUCAACGUCUGUCAGCCUCUGAACCCCAUCCCCGGGGUCAUCUGCCCCCCCGGAGCCGCCGUCUGUAUGGACCCCGAUAACGGACCGCCUGUCGAUAUCGGUCGGACCACCAGCGGUCCUCAGAUCAGCAGCGCGACAGGUGAGGUUUCCAUCACCUACAACAGCUCCACUAAGUGUGCGGCGGAUCCUGCACAGAACUACACUUCCACCAUCAUCUUUACCUGCCAGAGAGGCCUGGAGCUGGGUUCUCCACAAAUGCUGAGGCUGCAGAAAUGUGUCUACCUGUUUGAGUGGGCGACCCCGGUUGUCUGUUCAGAUACCACUCACACCAGCGGCUGCAAGCUCACCGACAGUCAGCUCCAGUUCACCUUCGACCUGUCGACCCUCUCUGGUGAAGUUGAGGUACCGGUCGGCUCCAGCACCUACAAAAUCAACGUCUGCGGCUCGGUGGCGGAGCCGCUUUGUAAGAAGGCUGCGGUUUGCCGGGUUUCUGGUUCUGGUUCAGACAAAUCGGCGUCAUCGUUCGGCAUCAGCAAGGUCAUGAAGAUGGACUUCAAACAUGAGGAGCAGGCCGUACUGAUGCAGUAUGGUGGCGGAGAUCUCUGCCCUCCCGUGACAGAUAAGGACGAGGCGUGCGUGUUGCCCUUCACUUUCAUGAAGAAGACGUAUACAGAUUGCACCACAGAUCACCGGACAGACGGGAAGAAGUGGUGCGCGACCACUGACAACUAUGACGGUGACGGGAAAUGGGGACUCUGCAGUCCAGCCUCUGCCAAGCGUCAGUCGUCCAUAUUGUUUACCUGCGACCAGUCGGCGGGUCACGGCUCCCCACAGCUGCUGUCGGAGACGGCGGGUUGUUCGGCCACUUUCCAGUGGCGCACCAGUGCCGUUUGUCCUCCGAAGAAGAUGCAGUGUAAGCUGGUCAGCCAGCAUCAGACCUUCGACCUCCGAGCCCUGUCCUCCCUCACGGAGCCGUGGAGGUUCAGCCACCACGGAGACUCAUAUUUCAUCAACCUGUGUCAGGGGAUCCACGGCGGGUUACCGAGUUGUCCAGAAGGAGCGACCGUGUGCCGACGCUCCGCAGCAGGACGGACGCAGACGCUCGGCCGCGUCCACACUCAGAAAAUGAGCUUCACCGACGGAAAGAUCUCCGUCACUUAUUCAGCAGGAGAGGAAGUUUGUGGAAACGGCGUGAAGGCGAAGACGGUGAUCCAGCUGAGCUGCGGCUCCACGGUGGGACACCCAGCGAUCAUCAGUAUUGACGAGGCAUCAUGUGAGUUUGUGAUUGGCUGGGAGACUCGGUCAGCGUGUGCGGUGAAGCAGCGUGAGGUGGAGAUGGUGAACGGGACGAUUCAGGUUCCAGACACCGGAGCCAGCCUCAGUCUGGGAGCGCUCUACUACAGCCACCAUCAGGCGUCUGGAGACAUCCGUCCCAACGGUGACCGCUACAUCUACCACAUCCAGUUAUCCGGCAUCACCAACAGCUCGCUGUCCAGCUGUCUCGGUGCCAACAUCUGCCAGGUCAAACUCAACGGACUGUACAGACGCAGGAUUGGCUCCUCCAGCAAAGCAAAGUACUACAUUAAAGGAGGAAACCUGGAUGUGAUGGUGCCCUCUGAGUCAGAGUGUGGGCGGGAGAAAACCAAAAUGGUGUCAUCGACCAUCAUGUUCCACUGUAACCCUUCAGCAGGCGUCGGCAUCCCAGAGUUCAUGCUGGAGACGGAUGAAUGCCAGUAUCUGUUUGUGUGGCACACGGACGCUGUGUGCGGUCUCACAACUGUGAACGCGGAGUCGUACGAUGACAACAGCAGCGAUGCUACGGGUCUGUCCAGGAGGAGCCAGGCGGUGGGAGCGGUGCUGAGCCUCCUGUUGGUGGGUCUUACUGUCUGUCUGCUGGGACUUCUGCUCCACAAGAGAGAGAGAAGAGAGCUGGUGAUCCAGAAGGUGGCCGGCUGCUGCAGGAGAGGAAACCAAGUCUCCUAUAAAUAUUCCAAGGUCAACAUGGAUGAAGACGGAGGUGAAGACGAGAUGGAGUGGCUGAUGGAGGAGCUCGAAGCUCCUCCCUUAUCCUCCUCCUCGUCCUCCCAUCGGGGCAGGAGUAACCACGGCAACGGCCACAUCACGACCAAGCCGGUGAAUACGGACGGCCUGCGCUCCUUCUCGCUGGAUGAGCAGGACGACGACGACAGCGAGGACGAGGUGCUGAGCUUCCCGGGGGUUCGAGUGGUCAAACCGUCCGGUCCGUCCAGGAACUCGACUCACCGCAGCGCCUUCCUCCAGGAGGAGAGCGACGAGGACCUGGUCGGCCUCCUGGACGAGUCAGACAGGAAGAGGAAGAGCAGCAAACCUCGCUCUUCAGGCCGUAGCCACGGUAACAACACAGCAGCCAACAGGAAACGGGACGAGGACGACAGUGACGAGGACCUCCUCAGGGUGUGAUGUCACUCCCUCCCUCCCUGCUUCCCCCCAUCCAAUCUGAACUAUUCUCUCUCUCAGUGAAUGUCUCCAUAAUAGCAACAACAACAACGACGACGACGACAUACCGACAACAUAUUGAAAACAGAAACCUUUCCUUCUUUUUGGGAUUCAUUUUGUUGGACUGCACCUUUACUCGGCCUAUUCAGACUCUAUCCAGUCCACUGUCUACAGACUGUCAAUGUUAGGUUUCUUAUUUAUUGGUAGCUAAUUAUUUAAAGUGUUCUUCAGGCCAUUUUUUUUUUUUUUGACCUGCACCCAAUUUUUCUUUCAUAAAUCUGAAAUAAUAAUAAUAAUAAUUUGCUUCACUGAAGCGACUUCAGUCUCGCCACAUUUAUCUAAUAAAACACCGAACAGGCCAGUCGAGAGUCUUUCUCUCAACGUAUUGACGCUGCGAUGAGGCAUGCCGGUAAAA